AUCGUGUCUCUGCGAGAGAACUGGUACGUAUGAAGAUGGAUCUGUAUUCAGACGUCCGAUCCAAGAUGGCGGUGAUGCUGCUGCUGCUGGCUUGCGUCUUCUCUCUCGCCCACCUCCAUGACGCCCAACACACCCCCAACACCACCAUCCAGGACCUGGCCUUCAGAAACAUGGACUUCGCCAUGAACCUAUACCGCAGGAUCUCCUCCUACCACGACAAGAACGUCUUCUUCUCCCCGCUCAGUGUGUCCACCAGCUUCGCCGCUCUCUCCGCCGGCGCCGGCGGCAAGACCAGGCGGGAAAUCCUCGCUGGCCUGAACCUGCAUCUGGAGCAGCCAGACUUGAUGCCUGAGCUGUUCCGCCAGCUGCAGGAGAACAUCACGCGGAAUGGAAGCCUGGGGAUGGACCAGGACAUGGCAAUGUUCCUGAAGGAGAGCUUCAGCGUGGAGCAGAGCUUCCAGCAGCACAUGAAGACCUUCUUCGCCGCCGAGGUCAUGAGCCUCAAUUUCUCAGACUCGCAGGAGAGCGUCCGCCUCAUCAACCACUUCAUCCAGCAGAAGACGGACGGCAGAGUGAAGGAGAUGCUGUCAGAGGUCGACCCGCUGACCCAGCUCAUGCUAGUCAGCACCAUCUUCUUCCAGGGGCGAUGGCAGAAGCCUUUUAACCCCAAGUUCACUGAGAAGAAGCAGUUCCACAUCGACAGCUACAACAUCGUGGACGUCCCCAUGAUGCUCUUGGAGGAUAAGUUCUACAACAUGGAGGACAAUGUCCUGGGAGCCAGGGUGCUGAAGCUGCCCUACCAGGAGGGUGUGUCCAUGCUUGUUCUGCUGCCCAACAAGGGGGUGGACUACACAGUCAUCGACGACGAGAUCAACGCCCAGAGGUUCCUGGGUUGGAUCCAGAAGCUUGAGAAAUUCAAACUGGAGGUCCAGAUGCCCAAGUUCGUGCUGGAGCAGUCGUACCUGCUGCAUGACCUCCUCCCAGAGCUGGGCAUCAGCAGUGUCUUCAGUGACGCAGCGAAUCUGACAAAGAUCUACAAGGACGGAGGAGUCAAAGUGUCAGAGGUUCUUCACAAAGCCAUGAUCGAGGUGGACGAGUCGGGGACCACGGCCGCCGCUGCCACCACAGUGGGCGUCACCCUCUUCUCUCUCCCCAUGAUCUUCAGCGUCAACAGGCCGUUCUUCUUCUUCAUAUACCACGAGGACACAAACUCUCUGCUGUUCAUGGGACGAGUCAUCGAUCCCACCAAGAAGUAGCACCGUCAAGCAGAACUUUUGUCUUCUGGAAACGGGAAAUGCAUAUUAAUUUUAUAAGAAAGGAAAGUAUUUUGUUUUGUCGCCACUUUCAGGUGGAACUCAAGUUGCAAAUAAAAGCAAAAAAAUGUAUUGCAUCACCGUAAUACCCAACAAUAUUUUAUAGCUUCAUAACCAUUCAUAAAGUUGUUGACUAUUUCCACAUUUUAUUUAAUAAAAAAACAAUAACGAAUUUACGUUGAAUGAUUUUAACAAGUUUACUUGUUCGAACAAUUUAAAAACGAAUUGAAAAAAAAAACCCAAUAAUAAUCAGGACGAUAAAGAAAUGUCUUGCUCCCAUAAUAAAAAUAAAUGCUCUACAUUAUAUCACAUACAAAUAGUUUAGAUCUAUGCCAAAACAUAAAUAUAAAUGAGAUUUAGAAAUAAAAACAACGACAGACCGUGGGUGCAUCAGGAAAAACUGUCCGUGUGAAAACAACAAACUAUAGUUCCUAGUGAUUUGACUUUUUAAUUCAAAACGGAAUAUACAACUUUUGUGUUUGACUAUUUAAUGAACAGGGACAUAUGAACUUUUUAUACCAAUAUUUUGACUCAAACCGAACUUG